AUGAAGGCCUCACCCGACGAAUUUGAAAUCGAUGUCCUUCGACAACCGCCGCCGAGCCCACGCCACUUUGCACCCCAGUCAGGCCAGAGCUCGCCUCGAGAGCUGGCAAGGCCCAUAAGGCCUAUUGCGACAGUCCAGCCCGACAGCGCCUCGACGGCGACUGGCAUCACCUCUUCGCAAUGGGGCUCCAGCACCAACACUCUGACCGGCAACUCCAUGCACCAGUACCACCAGCCGGUGCAGCCUUACAGCUUUGACCCCCGAGCAGAGUCCCCUUCACCUGGCUUCGUCUAUGGCGGCGGCGAGAGUGGGCGCACAACUCCGCUCGGCCACAGCAACAGGAACAGCUACAUCAACCAAAGCCAACACAGCUUUUCCGCCAGCCACACAAACCUUCUCUCGCGCCCAGCUUCUCCCGUGCUCGCCCAGGCCCCGGUCAAGGGCGACUCCGGCAUUGCUCGUUUACACGAGCGCGAUGACUCUGAUUUCUGGAAGGGCUGGAGGCGCAAGGUGUACUAUGCUAUUCCCGUCCUCACCAUUUUGAACGCCAUUCUUUACGUUAUCUACCUGACGCUCCGCAUCACCUGCGUGGUCUACGCGCAAAACGCGGCUAACGAGGUUUACUACCAGGCAUGGGUCUUCAUCGCCAUUGAGUUCUGCGUGGCCAUUCCCCCGCUGAUGCACAACAUGUGGACAAUGAUGGCCAUCAAGAAUCGCGGUCGUCCGAAGCUGAGGCUCGUCGGGCAAGAGGUACCCACUGUCGAUGUUUUCAUCACCUGCUGCGGUGAGGAUGACGACGUAGUCAUGGACACGGUCAUUGCAGCGUGCAACCAGGACUACCCCAGGGAUCGCUUCCGUGUUCUGCUGCUGGAUGACGGGAAGUCUGCCAGCCUCGAGAAGGCAAUGGGUGCCAUAGCGCACACAUAUCCCAAUACCUUCUACGUUGCGCGACCCAAAUUCCCAGGAGUUCCUCACCACUUCAAAGCUGGUAACCUCAACUACGCCCUGGACCACGUUCACACGCUUCCUGGCGGCGCUGGUUUCUACAUGGCUGCGCUGGAUGCCGACAUGAUCCCCGAGUCGUGCUGGCUGCGUGCGUUGCUUCCCCAUCUGCUUCGCGACGAAAAGGUGGCCAUGGCCUGCCCACCCCAGCUGUUCUAUAACACUCCCCGUGGCGACCCCUUGGCACAGAGUCUCGACUUCUUCGUACAUGUGAUCGAACCCAUCAAAGACGCCAUGGGCGUUGCGUGGUGCACUGGCUCUGGCUACAUCGUUCGCCGCGAUGCUCUGGAUGAGAUUGGCAACUUUCCUCUGGGUUCGCUCGCUGAGGACGUGGCCACCUCUACUCAUCUCUUGGGUCGUGGCUGGAAGACGGCAUACGUCCACGAGCCUCUCCAGUUUGGUACAGUUCCCGAAGACUUUGGCGGCCACUUGAAACAGCGCACCCGUUGGGCGAUUGGCACUGUCGACACAUCUUUCAAGCUCAACUUCUCCCUGUGGGGUGACAAGGUCCGCGACAUGUCUGUUGCGCAGCGAUUUUCUGGCUUUUUAUAUGCGACACUGAACCUCUACACAAUUAUGCUCUCCGUAUCACUAUUCGCCAUUCCUAUCAUCCUGGCCAUGGGCAAGCCUCUCGUCGCUUAUUCCACCGACAAUCAGCUUCGAUGGCUCAUUCGCGCUUGCUUUGCCUCCCUGAUGGCCAACCGUCUUUGCGAGCUUGUCCUGUCCAUGCCCGCUGGCUAUCGCACCGGUCGGCGUGGCGCCCGCUAUGAGAUGUGGAUGUCUCCUUACAUUGCACUCUGCAUCAUUCGGGCGUUCAUCUUGCCAGCAUGGCUCGGUGGUGAGGCUCAGGCUUUCAAGCCUACAGGCUCUCUGGACUCGGCACUCCACGAGCGAGACCCUCAAAACAGGAAGGGUCUGGCAAGGCGCAUGUGGGCUAUCCUGGUGAACUACUGGUCCAUCUACCACUUGCUCUUUGUCUACUUCACCCUCGUCGCGGCGACCGUUGCGUCGUAUCGCUGCGUGUCCAUAUCGGAGACACUGCGCGAGAAGCUUCUUUGUCUGCUGACGCAUGCUUUCUGGCCACCGCUCACCUUCAUUUUCAUAUGCAGCUCGCUCUGGACACCCAUCUCGUACGCCAUCGAUCCUCCAUCCGUCCCAUCCCGCGAGCAGCUGUUGGUCAGGGAUCCCAAGACUGGAGUUGCCCACCCUACUCCCGCCAGCAAGAAGAUCGCAUUUGGAGGAGAGGACCUUUGGUACGAGUUUGAGUACACGAUCACCACGGUGUUCACGUGUCUCGUUUUCGUGCUGUCAUUCCUUUUCUAA